GGGUUGCAAUAGAAAAUUGUUCCCGGUAGAGUGGAGGUUUGGACCUAGGUAAAAAAAAGAAAAUGGCAAAGUGUCGAAACUCUGCUUCAACUUCAGUCUCUAGCAAAAGCUCCAUGACAUCAACCAAAAGGGUAAAAUUAGCGGAGAAAGUAAAGGCAGGUGGAGUGAAGCAGAGUAAACCCACAUCAGGGAAGAAGAAGAAGACUGCAAAAACAGAUGCAAAGAAGCCUAAGAAGCCCCCCACUGCCUUCUUCUAUUUCUUGGAGGACUUCCGCAAGGAAUUCCAGGAGCAAAAUCCAGACGUCAGGUCAAUGCGAGAUAUUGGGAAAGCUUGUGGAGAGAAGUGGAAAAUUAUGACAUAUGAGGAAAAAGUGCAUUACUAUGAUAUAGCAACAGAGAAACGAAGAGAGUUUGAUAGAGCCAUGACGUACUUCAACAAGAAAAAGGAAGGUGGAGAAUUUCAAGAAUAUGAAGAAGACUCCGAUUUUGAUGAAUAGUAUCAUGCCUUGUUUGUAAUCUUCAGUUUGAGAUGAUCGGUAGUGUGUAUUUUGGUAUUAUUUCUGUACAUCCAACUUAUCUAUCUAGCCUCGCGACUUCAUGUCUUGGCACCUUUGAUGACUGAACAAGCCUCCUUUCCCCAAUCGAGGCAGAAUCCACUUGGUGCUCAAUUAUGGGUUCUGUAUGUACAUUAUUAGCCUUGACAGCACUUGAAAGUAGAUUAUUCCAUGCAGGUUUUCUGCAUAAGUGCUGCACUAUUUAUUCUAGUAAAGCAAUCCUUCUCUUUGAGUGUAUAUUUAACUUUCAGAUGGCUGCACUGCGUUGUUCACAAAAGGUUUGAAUGAUACAUAUCAUUUACAAUUCUGAAAGCAUUUUUUGCAACAGAAAA